AUGGCCCCCAAAGGAGCAUCUGAGGGCGCAGGCACCACGUCAGAAGCCCCAAAGAAGAAACACGGCUUCAGAGUCGGACCCGAGAAUCUGCCAGACGGGCCAUGGCGCCGUAAAGUCGAUCAGAAGAAGCGUGAUUUAAUUCACAGAGCCAAGGUCAAGAAGGAGUACGCCAAGAUUAAGGCUGCAGAGGAAGCCAAAGCCCGGCCCAGUCACGGUGAUGAUGAGGAUGAUGGCAAGGAUGAGGUGAACUCAGCACAAGGCGACGCCCAGGAGGGCAAUGAAGAGGAAGGAGAAAAGAUGCAUCCCACAAGGCAGCUCAUGAUUAAGGAUGAAGACAUGGCACAGGUGGGAGCUGAGGCGUCUGGUCCCAGCGACGGCCAGAGGCGGAGGACUCGGCGCCCAGGCUACUACGAGAAGCAGCUGAAGAAGGCUGCGGAUCGCCGUCAAGAGGCCGAUGCCAAGAGAAAAGAGUAUGAGCGACGAAUGGAAGAGCGAGCACAGAAACAGGCUGAGCGGGAGAGAUUCAAAAAGGCCAUGGCCAAGACGAGGGACAAGGACGGCAAGAAAAAGCUGGGCAGGGAGAGUUCAUUGUUGUUGGAAAAGGUCAAGAGGCUUGUUGCUCAGAAAUGA